CUCUAUCCUGCGAGCCAUAAGGCCACGUCUAUCUUUCUUACUUUCUAUUUGCUGGCCAUUUUCCUUUUCGCGGACUCGCUCUCAAGGUCUCUCUUUCUCUCGUCCACGCCUUGUGGUUCUCAGUAUGGCCAAGGGACUAUUUGGCGCCCUCAAGGGCAUCGAUGCCUUCGGCAAGACAAUGGAGGAUGUGAAGGUCAAGACGCGUACCGGCGCGCUAUUGACGAUCCUUUCCGCUGCCAUUAUUUUGGCGUUUUCAACAAUGGAGUUUUUCGACUAUCGUCGCGUUAACAUGGACACAUCGGUCGUUGUUGAUAAGAGCCGAGGAGAGCGGUUGACGGUACGGAUGAAUGUGACAUUUCCGAGGGUACCAUGCUACCUCCUUUCUCUGGAUGUCAUGGACAUUUCGGGCGAGACACAACGGGAUAUCACUCACAAUAUUGUAAAGUCUCGACUUUCACCUACCGGCGCAUUGGUCAAUGCGCACUCUGCGGAACUGCGGAAUGAAAUAGACAAGAUCAACGAGCAGCGCCAGGACGGAUACUGCGGUUCUUGCUAUGGUGGGCUCCCUCCCCAAAGUGGCUGCUGCAACAGUUGCGAUAGUGUGCGGGAGUCAUAUGUGCAGAAAGGUUGGAGUUUUGGGAACCCGGACGCCAUUGAGCAAUGCGUUCAAGAACAUUGGUCAGAACGUCUGCAAGAGCAAUCCACAGAGGGCUGCAACGUCGCGGGACGCGUUCGGGUCAAUAAAGUUAUCGGUAAUAUUCAUCUUUCACCCGGCAAAUCGUUCCAGUCCUCGGCUUCCAAUAUCUACGAGCUUGUACCAUAUCUCAAGAACGAUGGCAACCGCCACGACUUCAGCCACACAGUACAUGAGUUUACCUUCACAGCAGACGAUGAGUACGAUGUGAACAAAAUGCAGAAAGGCAAGGAGAUGAAGGAGCGGAUGGGGCUCUCUGGCAACCCGUUGGAUGGAUAUCAGGCGAGGACUGCGAAAGCACAGUACAUGUUCCAAUACUUCCUCAAAGUUGUUUCCACGCAAUUCCGUACCCUAGAUGGACAAACCGUCAACACCCACCAAUACAGCGUGACUCACUUCGAGCGGGACAUUACUACUGGUUCCCAGGGUGGCCAGAAUGAGGGAGUUCACAUUCAGCAUGGCACUUCAGGCAUUCCAGGUGCUUUCUUCAACUACGAAAUAUCCCCGAUCUUGGUGGUUCACGAAGAAACGCGGCAAUCCUUUGCCCACUUCGUCACCUCGACGUGCGCCAUCGUGGGUGGAGUUCUCACUGUGGCCUCGAUCCUUGACAGCGUACUCUUCGCCACUGGACGACAUCUCAAGAAAACCGGCACUUCGUCCAGUAACGGGAAUGGCCACCCUAGUGGCAAAUUGAUGUAAUGUCGAUGUGUAUUAUACAAUAUACACACAUGGUGUAUCAGUCUCCUCGCCAUCUAGGCGAUGACAUGUCAUCCAUUGACAUGUCUUUGAAGACUCGACAGUGUGCUGAAUGAAACUUCAUAGCUCAUUC